CGGGGACCCGCUGAUCUUCCAGCUCCCCUCAUCCAACGUCGUUACUAGGGAUUGUAUCCAGGCUUUUGCACUUGGAGACACCCCAUCACUGAGCUACAUCUCACCCUUGAACUUGGGAUCUUCCUGCCUCAGCCUCUCGAGUAGCUGGGAUUUCAGACACACUGCAGAGAGACCUUUUUGUCCUUCCUGAGCGUACAGAUGCUGGACAGAUGAUUGUCCUCUGCCCUGUGCUGCUGUAGGUGGCCCAGACUUGGAGCUGUCCAGCAGGAAAGUAUGGAUUCCAAAGAUGAAAGCUCACACGUGUGGCCGACGUCUGCAGAGCAUGAACAGAAUGCCACACAGGUGCACUUUGUUCCAGAUGCUGGAACUGUGGCUCAGAUUGUCUACACUGAUGACCAGGUCCGUCCACCCCAGCAGGUGGUGUACACGGCAGAUGGUGCCUCCUACACUUCAGUGGAUGGUCCUGAGCACACACUGGUAUACAUCCAUCCUGUGGAAGCUGCACAGACUCUGUUUACAGACCCAGGCCAGGUAGCUUAUGUCCAACAGGAUACUACAGCUCAGCAGGCCUCAUUACCUGUGCAUAACCAGGUACUGCCUUCCAUUGAAAGUGUGGAUGGUUCUGACCCUUUGGCAACUCUGCAGAAUCCAAUAGCUAGACUGGAGGCAAAAGAAGAAGAGGAGGAGGAGGAGGAGGAGGAUACUGAAGAAGAGGAGGAAGAAGAUGGUGAAGACACUGAUUUGGAUGACUGGGAGCCAGACCCACCCCGGCCCUUUGACCCCCACGACUUGUGGUGUGAGGAAUGUAAUAAUGCCCAUUCUUCAGUGUGCCCCAAGCAUGGCCCCUUGCAUCCCAUCCCCAAUCGGCCUGUGCUCACUCGGGCAAGAGCGAGUCUCCCCCUGGUCCUCUACAUAGACAGGUUCCUUGGAGGAGUGUUUUCAAAAAGGCGUAUUCCCAAGCGUACCCAGUUUGGCCCUGUGGAGGGACCCCUUGUCAGGGGGUCUGAACUGAAAGACUGUUACAUUCAUCUAAAGGUUUCUCUUGAUAAAGGGGACAGAAAAGACAGGGAUUUGCAUGAAGACCUAUGGUUUGAGUUGUCUGAUGAGACCCUGUGUAACUGGAUGAUGUUUGUACGUCCAGCCCAAAACCACCUGGAGCAGAACCUGGUGGCUUACCAAUAUGGCCACCAUGUAUAUUAUACAACGAUAAAGAAUGUGGAACCCAAGCAGGAACUGAAGGUGUGGUAUGCUGCAUCCUAUGCUGAGUUUGUGAACCAGAAAAUUCAUGACAUUUCUGAGGAAGAAAGGAAAGUUCUUCGAGAGCAAGAGAAGAAUUGGCCCUGCUAUGAAUGUAACCGCCGGUUUAUAAGCUCAGAGCAAUUGCAGCAGCAUCUCAAUUCUCAUGAUGAGAAAUUGGAUGUGUUUAGCAGAACAAGAGGCAGAGGGAGGGGACGAGGCAAGAGACGAUUUGGUCCAGGUCGAAGGCCAGGGCGUCCUCCAAAAUUUAUCCGCUUGGAAAUAACCAGUGAAAAUGGAGAGAAAAGUGAUGAUGGGACACAGGACUUGCUACAUUUUCCCACAAAGGAGCAGUUUGAUGAGGCUGAACCAGCUACUCUGAAUGGGCUGGAUCAACCAGAACAGACCACUAUCCCAAUCCCUCAGCUGCCACAGGAAACUCAGUCGUCUCUGGAACAAGAACCAGAAACUCACACCCUUCACCUACAGCCACAGCAUGAAGAGAGCGUGGUACCCACCCAGAGCACUUUGACCGCAGAUGACAUGCGCAGGGCCAAACGCAUCCGAAAUGCAGCUCUUCAGCAUCUGUUUAUUCGGAAGUCCUUCCGGCCUUUUAAGUGUUUGCAGUGUGGGAAGGCCUUCCGGGAAAAGGACAAACUGGACCAACACUUGCGCUUCCAUGGGCGGGAGGGGAAUUGCCCAUUGACCUGUGAUCUCUGUAACAAGGGCUUCAUCAGCAGCGCCUCCUUGGAGAGCCACAUGAAGCUCCAUUCGGACCAGAAGACUUACUCUUGCAUUUUUUGCCCAGAAUCCUUUGACCGCCUUGAUUUGUUGAAAGAUCAUGUGGCCAUUCAUAUUAAUGAUGGCUACUUCACCUGCCCAACUUGUAAGAAACGGUUCCCAGAUUUUAUCCAGGUGAAAAAACAUGUGCGCAGCUUCCACUCAGAAAAGAUCUACCAGUGUACAGAGUGUGACAAAGCCUUCUGCCGCCCUGACAAACUGCGACUCCACAUGCUCCGGCAUUCAGACCGAAAAGAUUUCCUAUGUUCUACCUGUGGGAAGCAGUUUAAGCGAAAAGACAAACUACGGGAACACAUGCAAAGGAUGCAUAAUCCUGAGAGGGAAGCCAAGAAAGCUGACCGUAUCAGCCGCUCCAAGACCUUCAAACCUCGAAUCACAUCCACGGACUACGACAGCUUUACCUUCAAGUGCCGGUUAUGCAUGAUGGGCUUCCGGCGACGGGGCAUGCUGGUAAAUCACUUAUCAAAGAGGCAUCCAGACAUGAAGAUAGAAGAAGUGCCAGAGUUAACUCUACCCAUCAUAAAACCAAACCGGGAUUACUUUUGCCAGUAUUGUGAUAAGGUUUAUAAAAGUGCCAGCAAGCGUAAAGCCCAUAUUCUGAAGAACCAUCCAGGAGCUGAGCUCCCACCAAGCAUUCGGAAACUUCGUCCUGCUGGUCCUGGAGAGCCAGACCCCAUGCUGAGCACCCACACCCAACUGACGGGCACCAUUGCCACCCCUCCUGUCUGCUGCCCUCACUGUUCCAAGCAGUAUAGCAGCAAGACCAAGAUGGUCCAACAUAUUCGAAAGAAACAUCCAGAGUAUGCUCAGCUUCCCAAUAACAUCCAGACGCCCCUGACCACAGCUGUGAUCAGUGCCACCCCAGCUGUUCUGACGACAGAUAGUGCCACUGGAGAGACUGUGGUGACAACAGACCUGCUAACCCAAGCGAUGACAGAAUUGUCUCAGACCUUAACAACUGAUUACCGAACACCACAGGGAGACUACCAGAGGAUUCAGUACAUCCCUGUGUCCCAGUCUGCAUCUGGGCUCCAGCAACCUCAGCAUAUACAGCUUCAAGUGGUACAGGUGGCCCCGGCCACUUCCCCUCACCAGUCUCAGCAGUCCACUGUGGAUGUUGGACAGCUCCAUGAUCCUCAGACCUACACACAACAUGCUAUCCAGGUGCAGCACAUCCAAGUCACUGAGCCCACAACCUCAGCCCCGUCAUCAUCCCAGGUGGCUGGGCAGCCACUGAGCCCUUCCGCUCAGCAGCCUCAGCAGGGGCUCAGCCCCUCCCAUAUACAAGGCAGUUCUUCCACACAGGGGCAGACUCUGCAGCAGCAGCAGCAGCAAAACUCCUCUGUGCAACACACGUACCUUCCCAAUGCUUGGAAUUCUUUCCGAGGCUACUCAUCUGAGAUUCAAAUGAUGACACUUCCCCCAGGUCAGUUUGUGAUUACAGACAGUGGUGUAGCAACUCCUGUCACUUCUGGCCAAGUGAAGGCGGUUACUCCGGGUCAUUACGUGUUAUCAGACGGUCAAACAGAAUUGGAGGAAAAGCAAACUUCUGCCCUUUCCAGUGGUGUCCAGGUUCAGACAUCUGCACACAGUGACUCUCUGGAUUCCCAAACCACCAGCCAACAGCAGACCACACAGUACAUCAUCACCACCACGACCAAUGGGAAUGGAAGCAGUGAAGUGCACAUCACUAAACCCUAGUUUUCACCGCGGAGCUAGCGUGGAGCAUUCACAUCAUGUAUUUUCUCAUUCAUAAGUCUGAAGCUUCUGAUACCCAGACCUCUUUUUUAAGAUUUAGUAUUCACUCAAAGAAUUUGAAGACUACAAUUUUGGCGUGCGCGUGUGCUCACACACAUACACACACACA